AUGGCAGCAGACGUCCAUUCCAUCGCCGAAGCCUCGUCCAACCCCGAGCUCGACAUCAAGAAACUCCACGCCCUCCCCUCGGAGCAGCAAGACCUCUACUUGCUAACCUUCACUGCCGACCUUGCCCGUCAUGUCGACUCCCUAGAUGGCGACGGCGCAUCGGCACACCAAAUCUACCUCAAGAGGGAGAUAUUCCAAAUCAUCAACCUCGCAUCCCCCGCACCCACGCGCGUAAUCCGAAACAACCUUGGACGAGCGAUUGGUGGUAUAUUCGAAAAGGGGGACAGGAAGCUGCUCUUUGAGUCUAUCAAUGAGUCGGUCGCUAUAUUGAAUGCUGCGGGUAAAACCGAGAAAGAUGUUAGGGCAAAGCACGCGGCUGCACAUUGUCUGGGUGCCAUGUUCGAGGCGGCAGGAGACAGCGCCAUACAACUGUCGCCAUUGGCUGCAAAGUCCCUCUUGGGCCUGGUCAAGUUUUCACAGGCUCAUACUGGCCUUCGAGCCGCACUCUUCAAGGCUGUAGGAAAGGUGUUCGAAGGGGUCAGUUCACACGCCGAUGAGUUGAUCGCAAGAGACGCAUGGAAGCAGGCUCGUAAUUGCGGAAACGACAACGCGGCUAUAGUCAAGAACUACUCAGAAAACGCACCAGUCGACUUACCCAUCCUGGGCAUAACACGCCAAAAGACUGCAAAGAAGAAGAACAAAAAGUCAGUCGACGACGACGCUGACGAUGUUGUCAUGGAGCGCUCCGAAUCUCCUGCGCCCAAGAAAUCAGCUACACAGCUUUCCUUCACCAUUGCAAGUCUCCUCAAACUGCUUGCCACACAGUACUGUCGUCCUCAGACUGGCAAUCGCGCAAGGGCUGGCAUAGCCGUAUGUUACAUCAAGACUAUCAAAGGAUUGGGCGAGCAGGUCAUCGAAUCGAAAUAUUCGGACAUCGUACGAAGUCUACUUGUGGAUGUUCUCAGCAACAAUGUUGUCGUGCAGAACCGCUACCGAACACUCAGCUCCCGCAAGUUCGUCGCAGUCAUCCUGGAAACAGUCAUCGGCCGCGAUUUGCUUGGUGAAUCUGGACAGCUCAAUGCAGCGAGGUUUCUGGUCAACGAUAUCCUCAAGGACUACCCCCAAGCCCUCAAGGAGCGUCCAGAGCCAACAAAGCAGACCCUGAUUGGCGCCCUCAGCACGCUGUCUUCUCUGUUCAGUAGCCUUGGAUCGGCUACCAACGUCAUUGCUGACUCAUGUCGAGACGCCCUGAUCCAAGUCUUGCAACAUCCAAGCUAUACUGUACAAGUGACCGCUUCAGCUUGUCUCCGUUCCUUCGUUCUCGCCUGUCCACUCCAGCUGCUCCCUGCAGUUACCAUAUGUAUGAACAGCGUCAAUCGAGAACUUGGUCUCCUCGCCGGGGCACGACAAUCGCCCAGAAAGUGCGUUGGCCUGGCGAAUGGCCUCUCAGCUGUGCUCAGUACAUCCACAUCCCAACCACUUCAUGGGUCCGUGGACGUAAACUCAAGAGUACUUUCACAGGCUACCUCGCUGCUGAAGUCAGCUAGCAACUCAGAGUUGAGAAUAGGGUCAACACAAAUACAAGUCGCAUGGAUUCUGAUCGGAGGACUGAUGACACUCGGACCGAACUUUGUCAAGAUUCAUCUGUCGCAACUUCUACUGUUGUGGAAGAACGCACUGCCUAAACCUCUAAACAGGGACAACAUGGUGCAAAGAAACUACCUCGAGCUUUGCUUCUUGGCACAUGUUCGAGAAUGUGCUUUGGGCUCAAUCUUGACCUUUUUAGAGUUCAACAGUCGGAUACUGACGCUUGACGUGACUAAGAGAUUGGCUGCAAUGUUGCAAAACACUACUAUGUUCUUGAAUACCUUGCCGGCGAAGAAGACAACCGACGACAUAUCCCAACGACUGUCUCCCGCACUACAACUCCACGAUUUUGACCUCAUGGUCCGGAGGAGGGUGCUGCAGUGCUACACCAAACUCGUUGAGCUCAGCCCAGCAAGCAGCCAUGAGGUCCUCCUCCAAACUAACCUUCUGCCUUUUGCAAUUGCAUCUUUCGCCGAACCUGACAACUACACCUCGAGUUCCUUCAGUACAGCAAUUGCUAGCGCAGCAGGGACUUUUGAAAGCAUAUGGGAAGUGGCAGAUAACCAUGGUUUCGGCGUCACUGGUCUAGUGCGCGGGUUUGACAUCAAGCCCCUCCCAGGAGAGCACGAAACAGGCACCCAACAUCACUGGCUAACAAGGCACGGUCCUGAGGCAGUUAUUGAUCGCACACUGCUCUCUCCGAUAUGCGGUGCUCGAGAGCAUGACUCGAUAUCUCUAUACAUAAGAAUAUCAGACGACAACCAUGAACUUCCUGAUCCUCCAGCCACCGAAGUCGUCAACGCAGCACUUCAGCUUUUCGCCAUCUGUCUGCCGCUUCAAACUGCCAGAAUUCAAGAAAGCAUCCUCGAGCAAAUGACGUCUUUCCUAUCAGCAAGCAGCUUGCAGCGCGAUUUCAACAGAAAGACUGCCAUGAUGGUCAACAUCGCGUAUGCAGUAUUGUCUGCACUAAAGGUCGCUGUCAAGGAGACACGCUCAGCUCCUGGCAGCCUCAAGGGAGCGGCAGUUGAAAAGGUCAUGCAAGAUCUUCUGCAUCUGUUUGUUAUUCUCCCUGAUCCUUUCAUCCGCAAUCUUGCUGGCGAGGCAUUGGGACGUCUAUGUAACAGUUCUGGUAACGCGCUCACUACUGCCGAAGUCAACUACCUGGUCGAUCAGAUUGUUGCUAACCGUGAGCCAAAUGCCCGCUCUGGUUACGCUGUUGCACUAGGCUGCAUACAUUCCCAGCUUGGAGGCAUGGCAGCUGGCUUUCAUCUGAAGAACAUCCUAGGGAUACUCAUGUCUUUAGGUAACGAUCCUCACCCGGUUGUGCAUUUCUGGGCUAUCGACUCUUUAUCUCGAGUGGCGGACUCCGCUGGUCUGUCCUUCUCCAGCUACGUCACCAGCACGCUCGGGAUGUUAGCGCAGUUGUAUGCCGCAGACACACACAACGAGGAGUCGGCAUCUCUUGCAUCCUCCAAUAUCGCGAUUGAUGUACCUACACCCGCUGUUAUUGCCCGAUGCGUCGACAGCACUAUCAAUGUGCUCGGACCAGAUCUGCAAGAUGCAGCGAAAGCAAGGGAUCUUAUUAUGACACUCGUGGGACUCUUCCAGAGCGAUUCAGACGAUCUUAUUGUCAUUGAGGGCUUGCGCUGCCAGGAACACAUCUCGUUGUAUGCGCCAGGCUAUAUGGACUUUUCCGCAUAUGUCAAACAUCUACAACGAUCAGUGGAAAGUAGUUCAGCGCAGAUACGAGACAUGGCUAUUGAUGGCUUGCACAAUCUCAUGAGACGCGAUACGGAAGAAGUUAUCAGCGCUGCCGAUCCCGGACUAGAGGACCAGUUGUGGCAUGUGCUUGAUCGAGAUUCGGAACACGAAGUUGUGCGCAACAUCAUUCGCAACUGGCUGCAUCAGACCGGAUUAUCAGAUACAGCAACGUGGGUGCAGCGUUGUCACUCGGUACUCACGAAAACGAAGAAGGUCGAGACGCAGGACAAGAUUGAGGUGAAGCCGAAAGCAGGUGCAACGGAUCUGCAGGACGAGGAAGUUGCAGGCUUUGCAUCUGCUUCCAAUGCCCCUGGAGCUGAGCCUGGAGAUGGUGCACAAGUGAGCCAAGAAUUGCUCAAAUGGCAAGUCCGAACAUUUGGCAUGGACUGCCUGAGCGAGCUUGUUGCAAUGAUAAGCAAAGAGGCGGCCUUCCGAGACGAGUCACCAUGUGUCAUGGCUUUGCAGCAAAGAGUGGCGGAUGUCGUGCGCAUUGCAUUUUCUGCCUCUACUGCUGGCGUUGUACAACUGCGGAUACGCGGUCUCAAGAUCAUAGAUCAAGUGCUCAAGCUAUUCGGGAAAACACCCGAUCCCGACUUUGCUGAGGUCACGCUUCUUGAACAAUACCAGGCGCAAAUAGGAUCUGCACUUACCCCAGCUUUUGCAGGAGAUUCAUCACCGGAACUGGCAGCAGAAGCUGUUAAUGUAUGCGCCACCUUCAUCGCGACAGGUAUCGUGACGGACGUGGAGCGGAUGGGUCGUAUUCUCAAGCUGCUUGUUUCGGCGCUUGAGAACUUUUCCAGUGAAUCCGAGACAGCAGCAAUUGGUGACCUCAAAGGCUUGAGCUCCAAUGCUCAAGUCAUGGUCAAGAUGGCAGUUUUCUCUGCAUGGGCCGAGCUCCAAAUUGCCAGCGCUGAGCAAACCUACCUAUUCUAUCAAGAUACAUGGCUCAACCUUGUUGAUGCUAUUGCUAGUCUCAUCGACGAAGAUAGUGAAUUCGUCUUUGAUGCGCUAGAUGGCAAGACCGACUUGUCUGAGUCGACACCAAAUGGCAAGGCUGAUCACAUCAACUACCGCGAUGAGCCUGUUGCUUUCUUCUUCGUGCUCUUUGGACUCGCAUUCGAGGCACUGGCAGGACGUCCGGGUGACUUACAGGCUUCCAAGGGGCAAAUACUGGAGAUUUUACAAGCACUGAAAAAGAUUCUUCGACCUUCUGUAUCUGGACAGGCAAUCUACCGAGAGGUUGUCUUUUCGGAAACAAUGGACAUGCUCGAUCGGUUGGUGCUUACCGAAGGCUUAACUGUGCAGACUGUUGUUGUGGAAAUUACACGGAAUCUCUGUCUUGGCCAUCCGUCUGCAAGAAGGGAUCAAGGGGCAACCUCUUCCGACGAACAUUUGUCGGAAGACAUUGAUCAGUUGUUUGAACUUACCAAGAUCAUGGUGCUUGUGCUUUCCGGGCUGGUCCCCGGUCUUGAAGAUAGCAAAGCUACAGGUAAAUCGCGCUUUUUGGCGUGGCAUAUACAUGCUGACUUCCAUUUAGCGCGCCACGAGAUGAACGAGGAAGCGGUUGCACUACUCACAACAGCACUUUCCUCCCUUGUCGACGCCGCGCAAGUCUUUCCCUCAAUCAUCAAAGCCGACCUCCACGCCUGCAUCCUGCACAUCUUCGCUACCAUCCUUGCCACGGGAGCAUGCCAACCGACAGUCAUCCCCCAAGCCCUCCCAAUCUUCAAGCGCUUCAUCACAAGUCUAGCCCCACACGCCGAAGCAACAGACGACACCAGCAAGCAACUCCGUGCAACCCUAUCCCGCUUCCUCGCCAUUCUCCGCCACGCCCAACAACGCGCCUUCGACGCCGCCCUCGCGUGCGAAAAGAACACUAUCCUCGCCACCACCAUCCUCCUCAGCUCCGCCGCAUCCGCCUUCUCCCCCAACGACCCGCUCGUCAAACACUUUGUAGACGACCUCUUCGACUGCCUCGCCACCCCCACAACCAGCAAAGUAGCCGCAGGCUGCAUCCGCUCGCUGCUUCUCCUCCCCAAGAAAUCACUCCUAGAAACUAAUCUCGCUAAACUCAUCCUCCCGCCUACCCUGUCUUUCCUCGCCAACCCCCCGGAUAAAGAAGGCAUCGAGGAAUCGCGGUCUACCCUCGCUUCCACGCUCGUCGCUUUUGUGUUUACACUUCAGGAACACAAACAGCGGCUUAUCGCCGCUAAAAUCAUUAUCCCCGCGCUGUUGACGCGUGUGAGGAAUGAACCGCAAGCUGUGCAGGAGACGGCGGGGAGGUUACUGGAGAUUGCGGGCAAGGAUCAGGAGGCUUUUAGGGAGGUGGUUACGGGUAUGACGGGGGAGAUGAGGAGUGAGUUGGAGAAGGUGGUGAAGAGUGGGCAGGGGGGGAGGAGGGCCGAGGUUAGGGGGGAGGAGGAGGGGUUGCCGAAGAUUGCGCUUAAGAUGGAUUUUGGGGUGUAA